UUGCCAAAUUCGGUCCAAUUCAUCUUUUAACGGGUUCGAGCCCAAUUCUCUCUCUCUCUCCUCCUGCGAAACCCUAGAUCUCUUGCAGCUGCCUGCAAUCUGACCGGAAAACUGCUCGUCUUGGACCUUGGUUGAUCGGCUCUUCUUCCGCUCCUCGAGAGACAAUGGAUAUCUCCGCUGAAAAUAUUGAAAACAAUGAGUUGGUCACCUUAGAAACACCUACGAUCAAACGAAGGAAGAAGAAGUCAGUUGUGUGGGAACACUUCACAAUCGAGACAGUUGGUGCAGGAUGCAGAAGGGCUUGCUGUAAAGUUUGCAAACAAUCCUUUGCCUACAGCACGGGCUCGAAAGUUGCAGGAACCAGCCACCUUAAACGUCAUAUCGCUAAAGGUUCAUGCCCAAUGCUUCUCAAGAAUCAGCAAAACCAAUCGGCUACUCCAUUUAGCGCGCCUUCUAAACUGGCUAACGGCUCUUCUUAUACUCCUAGAAGACGUUACAAAACAACUGCCCCGCCCUACUUUGCCUUUGAUUCAGAUCGCGUUAGACAUGAAUUGGCGAGGAUGAUGAUCAUCCAUGACUAUUCUCUUCACAUGGUGGAAAAUCAGGGAUUCAUUAAUUUUGUACAGAAUCUCCAGCCUCGAUUUGACAUGCUGAGCUUCAAUUCAGUCCAGGGAGAUUGUGUGGCGACUUAUCUGCGUGAGAAGACGAGUUUGCAGAAGAUGAUUGAGUCUAUUCCGGGUCGGUUCUGUCUCACGCUCGAUAUGUGGACAUCCAAUUUAACGGUUGGUUAUGCUUCUAUAUCUGGGUAUUUUAUUGAUAAUGAGUGGAAACUUCAUCGGAAAAUGCUUAGCCUUGUGAUGGAGCCUUAUCCCGAUUCCGACACAGCUAUCAGCCAUGCUGUCGCAACUUGUCUUUCCGACUGGAAUAUGGACGGUAGGUUGUUUUCGAUUACCAUUAAUCAGAGUUUAAGCGAAUCUGCCAACGAUAAUCUACGAGCGUUGGUUUCGAUCAAGAACCCUCUAGUACUCGGCGGUCAGUUGUUAAUCGGGAGCUGUCUCGCUCGAACUUUAAGCCGAAUCGCGCAUGAAGCGUACACGGCGAGCGACAAAAUCAUAAGGAAAGUCCGAGACAGUGUAAAGUACGUUAAGAUAUCUGAAUCCCAUGAAGAUAUUUUCCACAAGUUGAAACAACAGCUUCAAGUCCCGGGCAGUAAGAAUCUUAUUAUAGACGAUCAAAUGCAAUGGAACAGAACAUUUGAAAUGCUUUCAGCCGCUUCCGAAGUGAAAGAAGUAUUCUCGUGUUUGGACACAGUGGAUCCCGAUUACAAACCAGGCCCUACUAUGGAAGAAUGGAAACAUGUCGAUACCAUCUGUACCUACUUGAAAUUCCUAAUCGAAACCGCCAAGAUCUUAACUUCCUCAACCCUUCAAACGACGAACAUGUUCUUCCACGAGGCAUGGAAGAUUCAGCUGGAGCUCACAAGAGCCUCUGCCAGCGAAGAUCCAUUGAUCGCAAGUAUAACUAAACCGAUGAUGGAAAAGUUCGAUCGGUAUUGGAAAGACUGUUGCCUAGUAUUGGCGAUUGCUGUCGUCAUGGACCCCCGGUUCAAGAUGAAGCUAGUAGAAUUCAGCUUCUCUAAGAUAUACGCCGAAAACGUAAACGAUGUAAUCAAGAUCAUCGACGACGGUAUUCACGAGCUUUAUCAGGAAUACGUCGCCAUCCCUCUUCCGCAGACGCCUAAUUAUGCCGCGGAAGAUGACAACGGUAAUAAUAAUAAUGACAACGAGAGUGGGAAGUUCGACGCUGGGGUGAGCGAAGAUGUGCUAGGGCUAGGGGGGCUGGCGGAUUUCGACAUGUUUAUAAUGGAGACGAGUAGCCAGCAGUCGAGAUCGGAGUUGGAUCAGUACUUGGAGGAAUCGUUGUUGCCUAGGGUUCACGAGUUUGACGUAUUGGGGUGGUGGAAUAUAAACAAGAUGAAGUACCCGACGCUGUCGAGGAUGGCUCGUGAUAUAUUGACGAUACCGGUUUGUAGCGUUCAUAAGGACCUAGUAUAUAGUAGGGUUGGAAGGGUCAUGGAUUCCAAUCAAAGUUCUUUGAGGCCGGAGACGCUCGAAGCGCUUGUUUGUGCAAAAGACUGGUUAGAAGGAGGGGUAAGUGAAAUCUAUGUCGAAGAAACUACCAAUCCCCAUUUGAAAAUGGAUUUUCCGGUCUAGUUUUUAUUGUUUAUUAUUAUUUGGAUAUUCUUCAUUGUUGAACUUCUUCAAUGUGUAGUAACAGUAGACUAUAGACAAUAGUAGGAUUUCAAAAGAAUUAUAUCAUCUGAUGAGGGUGGGUCAUUAGGAUUUUAAAUCUUUUACUGUUUCUUUCUUUCUGGGAUUAAUUAAUAAUCUUCUUUUUUUUAAUUUUCUUGGUUUUAA